AUGACUCUUGUCCUGCCUCUGACGUUUGGUGUGUCCGUAGUGGCUGGCUCAAAAUCGUUUAGUCGUCGUUGUCGUGUUCCUUCGUCGUUCUUGUGGUUUGUUAUUGUUGUCUUGAUCGUCGUUAUUGUGCUUCUUUUGUCGUCUUCAUCGCCAUCUGCGUCGCUCGGUCUCCGAUUUGCCAUCACCAAUUCCAUCAAGAAACACAACGCCCACAUUUUCCUGUGCGUAUACAUCUAA